AUUGAUAUGGAUGAAACCUGGAAUUAGGGUCGUAUAUCGCAAACAAUCCCGACCAUUAGAUCAUGUGCCUGUGAACAAGUGCUGCGUAUGUAUAAGGACUGUUGACCAUGGUGGACUCAGCGGAAAGGCGCGUUCGUCGACACGCGCCGGUGUCGUUGGAAGCAGAGAGGCGGCGUGUUAUGAUCACAGUGCAUCGCGUGGAGAAAGAUCUCCACCGAUUCUGGGAGAGUUGGCUGAAAACGGCGAAAGCUGAUUUCGUAGAAAUCUGGCUUGAUUUUAUCCUGAGAGUUGAUCAAAAACUCGGAAACAAAAGGCCACCCAAAGACGCCAGCGAGUUUGACAGUCAUUUACGACGAUUCGAAUACGAUCCAGAGUUUUCACAGAGACCGGAAGUCAACCAGUUAAAACAGAUCUGCGCAAGAUCUCUAACAUUUGACGAGAUCGUUUUGAAAUCAAGGGCUAGACUCCAACAGGCGGUGGAAGAUCACUUAGCCAAGUAUUGUUUGAGUUUUGUGGCAGAAGUGGACGACAUGGAUAUUCCGAGCGUGUUAGAGUACGAGAAUAAUAUCAGCGAAUGGCGAGGGACAAUUUAUAAAAGUUUUGACGAGGUCGAUAAAGUUUAUAGUGAGCUAAGAAAAUACAGUGAUAAUUUCUGCGCGUACGUUGAAAAUUACGCAAAGGUUCUUUCCAUAAUGGAAAGGACAUGCGAUGCUUUUAGGCCAAUAUUUGAGCCGGUCAAGAACUGGGUGAUGACUGACGAAAAUUACCCACGACGUCUGCAAGACGACAUCAACAAAUUAAACAAACGUAAACUGGAUAUUCAGCAAGUCGGUAGACGCAUCCACAGAAACGUCGGCGCUGACAAGAGCCGAAUCAACCGGCGAAGAUAUCAGUCUCUUCAGAUUGAAAAGCAAAUGCAGGACCUACUCGAAGAAAGGCGGUUUUAUCGGAAGAAGGAAAUAACGGCACGCGAAAACUUUGCGAAAAUCGACGCCGACCUGGAGAGAAAGAAAGGCGAUUUAAGAGAUAUCGCUGAACAGUACAAAAGCAGACGACACAUCGUCUCUGAUCGAACUCUACAAAUGUGGACGGACAUGGCAGAACGGAUACAAGAAGAUAUCGGCGUUUUGAAGCUUAAGUUGGAGAAGACGAGGUCUCAGGUGGCCCAUCUCCAAAAAGAGCGUUACUUUGUACAGAAGAGAAUCCAUAAAGUUCAAGGUGAUCUUGAGGACAGCGUCAAGCGUAAAGAAGCUGUGACGAAUAAUGUGGCCUCAGAAGAGGACGAUAUUCGAUACACUCAGGAGGAACUGAAAACGAUCGCGACGAAAUUGGAAGUUCUGGCGAAAAUACGAGAGAUUAAACUGCACUCGGACACGGUGAAGAAGAUUUACUUCUACGGUUACAGCCCCGGAGGAAAACUCAUAAUCAAAGAUCCCUUGGAAGAAGCCUUCAAACUGACAGCUUCGGAGAUCGGCAAAGAAUGGAGUCUGUUGUACCAGCGGUUGCCAUUUAAACCUGACAGAGACAUCGUGUCUCGUGCACAUGAUAUUGAAACAAUCGACAUCACCUCGCGCCGCCUGGACGCCGAUUUUGCCACCCUAUCGCUGAAGAGUUUGGACAAAUGGCGGCGUCUCAGUGAGUACGUCACCGUCAACGCUUUAGUUGGCACUCUGAGGAGAAUUAACAAGGGGCACGUGGCACAAAAGAUAGAACGUAUCCUACUGGCGUAGGGAUAGAUACAUGUCCUAUUCAUCUGUGAUUCCUCAUAACCACAUGGCUUGAACAAUUGGAUCAUGUUUUACCUAUGACGACAUUGCGCAAAUCUUUGGACGAUGUUGGUGGAAAGCUAAAUGAAGAUUAUUUUUACAAAAUAAGAAGAUAAUACAGAGACGUGGCCAUAAAGCAGAUUUUGUUUUUACAUCGUAAUGUCAUAACUAAGCUUAUAAUUUAUCACAUCAGAGAUGUAUUUUUUUAUAUUUAAAGCAAACCAACUAUAUACAAUCAC